CUGAAGAAGUGGAAUCCUGAAAAAUUGGGAGAAAAGUGGGAAGGACCUUACUGGCUGCGGCCUCUUCCAGCUUCAAGCCAGGGCCUCAAUUGAAGCCCGCGACGGAAACAGGUAAGGGGGGUUUGGCUUACCUGGCGCCAGCGAUGUCCAUGCGGUGACAGCGGCGGAGCCACAUAAGGGGGUAGCAGGCUUACCUACCUCCGUCACGGUCAGUGGUGGGCUUCAACUGAGGCCCCAGCUUGAAGCCGGAGGAGGCCGCGGCCUUCUCUUCCGGCUUCAACCGGGGCCUCAAUUGAAGCCUGCGACGGACCACGACGGACGCAGGUAAGGGGACGGGGGCUUUGGCUUACCUGACACUGGCACCGUCCAUGCAGUGACGGCAGCAGAGCCGGAUCUCGCUCCCUGGAGCAGGGGACAGGCAGAUCGGCCUGAACCGGUUCGGGCCUGAUCCAGAUGUUCCGGAUCGGGCCACGAAGCAGUUCGGGGGGUCCGUGCACAGCCUUAGUUCUGAGUAUCUCUCAGCACCUUAAAUGAGUUCAAGUUCCCAGGUCCAGGUGAACUGCACCUCACAGUGUAGAAGGAGCUACGAGAUGGGCUCCAGGAACUUCAAUUCCUUAAUUUUGAGAAGUGCUGGAGAACAGGUGAACUACCGGAGGACUGGAGAAGGGCGAAUGGGAUUCCUAUUAUCAAAAAAAAAAAAAAAGCAGAUCUGGGGAAUUACAGACCAGUUUGACAUCAAUACUUGAGAUUCUAGAGCAGGUAAUAAAGUGCUCAAUCUGUGGGCAUCUUGGGGUGAUCAGAGGUAGUUGAAAUAAGCCAUAAUUUACCACUGUGAUGGGCAAACCAGGUCAAAAUAUACAAAUUAUAUGUCCCCCGCUCAAAAUCAGGCCCAUUCCUUUAAAAUUAUUUUAUGUUUAUCAAAAGACUGAUCCUCUGCUUAACUUCAUUUUUUACAUGCUGAUGAUUUUCUGGUGAGUCAUUUCCAAGCAAGCAAACGCCCACUUCCUGAAAGCCAAGAAAGGAAACUAAUUCUGUCUGCCGUGUACGAAAGCCAUGGCUGCUGCUUGGCGUCCUGCCCAGGAUCUCUGUGAAGAAGUCAGUUGUCCCAUCUGCCUGGAUUAUUUCAGGGAUCCAGUGACAGUUACAGAGUGUGGCCACAAUUUCUGCCAAGCCUGCUUGAGCAAGCAUCUGGGGGAGAAGAACACAGAGGCCUCCUGCCCCGAGUGUAAAGGAACCUUCCAGAAGGGGAACCUCAAGCCAAAUAGGCAGCUGGCUAACUUUGUCGAAAUUGCCAAGAAAUUCAGGGAUCAGGGGGCCAAGGGGGCAGAGGAGAAGGGGAGACUCUGUGAGAAACACCAGGAGCCCCUGAAGCUCUUCUGCAAAGAUCAUGAAACCAUUUUGCACAAUACAGACAAUAGACUGGAACGGGUAUCAGAAUGCAGUUUCUUCAGAUGUUUCGUGGCUUAUGGCGUCCCUGCCUCGGAGCUAUGUGUGACUGUGAGUCAUUUACAAGCAAGCAAACGCCCAGUUCCUGAAAGCCAGGAAAGUUAAACUAAUUCUGUCUGCAGUGUACGAAAGCCAUGGCUGCUGCUGGGAGUGCCGUCCAGGAUCUCUGCGAGGAAGCCACUUGUUCCAUCUGCCUGGAGUAUUUCAGGGAUCCAGUGACAGUUACAGAGUGUGGGCACAAUUUCUGCCGAGCCUGCCUGAGCAAGUAUCUGGGGGAGAAGAACACAGAGGCCUCCUGCCCCCAGUGUAGAGGAACCUUCCAGAAGGGGAACCUCAGGCCAAAUAGGCAGCUGGCUAAGAUUACUGAAAUUGCCAAGAAAUUCAGAGAUGAGGAGGUAAAGCAGGCAGAAGAGAAGGGGGGAGUCUGUGAGAGGCACCAGGAGCCCCUGAAGCUCUUCUGCAAAGAUCAUGAAACCCCCCUCUGCCUGGUGUGUGACAGAUCCAAGGAGCAUGAACAUCACAAGGUGCUUCCUCUGGAGGAGGCUUCCCGGGAGUACAAGAAUCUGAUCCGUCGUCGCCUGGAGAUUCUCAGGGAAGAGAGAGAAAGAAUUCUGGCAUAUAAGGCAGAAACAGAAAAGGGAAAUAAAGAACUUCUUAAGGAAACCAGAGCAGAGAGGGAAAAGACAGUGGCUCAGUUCAGACAACUCCAGCAGCUUCUGGAGGAACAAGAGAAACUUCUGCUGGCCCAGAUAGAAGGCUUAGAGGAGCAGAUUGCCAGGAGAAGGGACGAGCACCAGGCCAAACUCUCUGAAGAACUCUCCUCUCUUGAAAGCCUCAUCCAGGAGUUGGAGGAGAAAGGUCAGCAGCCAGCGAGUGAACUCCUGCAGGACGUGAGAAACACCUUGCAGAGGAGUGAGAAGGAGGCAUUUGAGAAUCCAGCAGCUUUCCCUCCAGAGCUGAAGCAGAAGAUCUGGGACUUCCAUGAAAUAAAUCCCUUUCUGGAGAGAGUCAUGAAGCAAUUCCAAGAUGCGCUGCUAACUCGACUACCUCUGAUGAAAGCAAAUGUCACUCUGGAUCCAGACACAGCUCAUCCCAGGCUCAUCCUGUCUGAGGACCAUAAAAGCGUGAGAUUAGGAGACAAGCGGCAAGAUCUGCCUGACAAUCCUGAGAGAUUUGAAAAACGUUUUUUUGUCCUGGGACGUGAGGGAUUCACGUCAGGCAGACAUUUCUGGGAAGUCAGUGUGGGAAGUGAGGGAUACUGGGCUGUGGGGGUCGCCAGAGAGUCUGUGAGGAGAAAAGGCAAGAUUGGACUUAGUCCUGAGGAAGGGAUCUGGGUUGUGUGGUAUUAUGGAGGUGUAUAUAAGGCUUGCAACCCCCCUCAUUACCCUCGUCUGUCCCUGAGUGGGAAGCUGAAGAGGAUCCUAGUAUCUCUGAACUACAAUGAGGGGCAGGUGUCCUUUUACGAUGCUGACAGGGGGACCCUCCUCUACGCCUUCUCUGGAGCCUCCUUUGCAGGAGAGACAAUUCUGCCCUUCUUUCGUGUAUUGAGAAACGGCCACCUCAGGAUCUCUCCUUAAGGCAGCUCUGAGCCUUCCUCACUCUCCCUCCUCUCCACACCAGACUGGUUAGUCUACUCUAAGCAUCAAACCUCCCUUUGUCAAGGGCCCAUUUUCCCCUUCUGCAAAGGGCCCCUGAGCAGCCUCCAGUCACAGACACCAGAACUCCAUGGGCUAAAAUGGUGCCUGAUUUCCUCCCUCCCUUUUCCCAGACUUCUCUCAUCUCUCACUUCUUAAAGAGACAGAAGCACAUGAAUAAUCCAGACCAACAUUUUUUUUUAACUGCAUUGCUUCCAUGGCCACAAAAAUUCUCUCUCUCUCUCUCUCUCUCUCUCUCUCCCUCUCUCUCUCUCUCUCUCCCUCUCUCUCUCUCUCUCCCUCUCUCUCUGCACAAACACAAACAUACACACGGGUACAUUGUAGCUUGUCAGCAUUAAAGUGAAGUUCCAUAAGGCGCAACGCCCCUUUCCCAAGGUGCCGCCUUUCCUGUGACCUGCUGCAGGAGAAAGGGACUCUGAAAACUCAGCGCCCAGCAAGGCAUGCAAGGAGAAUGAGCCAAACUCUCACCUGGCUCCCUUGCGACAAGGACCAAUGAACUGGAGGGCGGAGGAGGAAGUGGGUGGGGGGCAGCCACAAUAGUGGGAGGGCAAACAAGUGAAAAGAGAGUUCAUCAGUAUGGCGAUGAUCGUGAAAGGGACCAGCACUUGACGCGCUAAAGAAACAGAGGUUAAAAUUGCAGGUGCAUACCAGGAAUAAAAAGUAGGUGUGAUGGAGCUUUAAGUCUUAUUCAGUAUUUUUUCCCCACUUCAUUUCUAUUGGACACUGCAAAAUUUCUUUAAUACUGGACUGUCUAACUCCACUAAUUGCUUACAGUGUAAUACACCUAAUGCUCUCUGUUCGAGAGCAAUCCUCUGUCCCCUAGACAGCGUACGUGUGUGUGUGUGUGUGUGCGCGUACGCGUGUGUGUGAUAGGCCUGUUAGAUUUCUAGGCUUUGAGGUCAGAAACAUUGUUCGUGACCUUGGGAUGUGGAAACCAUGCUCCCAAUGCGCUCUCCCUCCAGCUCAGAGACAGCUCAGUUCUCAGCACUCAGAAAUGUUGUCUGGAGAUGGGGAGAACCCUGCAGUCCCAGGGGAGGGGAGGGGAAGAGACUGGGAAAGCCGUGGGAUGUGUGCCCUGGUCUCCUUCCCUCCCACUCUUAAGUGCCUUGGCUAGACAGGCGAAAACACCCAUCUAGCCUAAAUGCAGGGCAGCUGGAGCACAGGUGCAAGAAUGGCCUCCCUACCCUGGCUGCCCUGCAUUAGAAUACUCGGAGGCCUCCGAGUUCGGACGCUGCUGAUGGUCUCCAAAGAGUUGCGGCCUUAGACAUACGUUUUGUACAGUCCAGAAGUUGAUUCUUUUGGGGAGGAGUUUAUUACACAGAUACACUUUAUACUGGGACAGUCUGUAUAUUCAUAGAUGUAUAUGCUCUUUAAAAUUAUUUGCCUGCCUCAUUGAAAUUAAUAAAUGGUCAGUGUAAGUGGAUUAUCUGAGCCCUUUUGACAACUAAAAGAUUGAUAUUACAACAUUGGAAGGAGAAAAACUCCCACUAUCAUGCUAUGAAUUGAGGACCUUACAUCGCUUUCAAUAUUCGGAUGAGUGGCACUUUCAAAUGGAUACUUAUGUGAAUAUUUGAUCUAUUUUUAUUGAAGCCUAUGUAUUAUUGCUAGAAAGUUGUAUGUAUAUGAUAUGUAUUAAUUACUUGGGAUAAUGAAUAUCUGACGUAUAUUAAAGAAAUGGAAACAAUUUUAUAA